AUGAUGUCGCGCUCAGAUACAAGCUACAGCGCGCGAGAGAGAGUUACGCGAUCCGUCACCCUAAGCGUGGCCGUAUGCAAACGCCGCUGGGCUGAGAUCACACCCAGCGCACGCAGAGUCCCUGUUUGGACAUCGCUCUGCCUCUUUUUUGGGAUCAUUUUUGGUUUUAUUUUUUCGUCCCUUUUCUGGUACAUUAGAGACAGAAUUAGGUAUGUAUCCCAUCCUACUUACAGUACUGGAUCCCCGUUACCUCAGCGUACAGGCAGCGCAGACGGCACGCAGGAUUUGGCACAGAAAUUGGUAGGUACCGUGAAAGAUGAAUGCUGGAGCAGAGAGGUGGUGAAGCAAGAGCAUGCAUAUGUCCCCCUCGGAAAACAAGGCCCCAUUAAGCGGAGGUGGUUUCCUUCAUCCCGCCUGUCUACUCUUUCCCCAUUCAUUACUUGGAGUUAG